CUGAAGCCGGGUCACGGCAGGUAGCAUGAAAUGAGAGCAUUCCUUGUUUGUCCAGCCUGAUAUAUUUGGUUGAACCAUAAGACAGAACAAUGCCGCUCACACCUCUGGUGUCCUGGGCUCAACGGCAUGAAGACAUCUACCUGCGAGUGGAGCUGACAGACGCUCAGAAUAUCGAAGUCCAUGUACAUGAACAAGUGCUUCAGUUUCGAGCCCAGGGUCAUGGAGCAAAAGGACUAAAUGAAUACGAGUUCAGUUUGGAGUUUCUUUUACCAGUAAAGUCCGAGGUGAGUGACAGGUCCACGCAGCGGCAGGUGAAUAUUACUUUGCAGAAAGAGCAGCGAGGCUGGUGGGAAAGACUGACGCGACAGGAGCGCAAACCAGUCUUCCUGGCUCCGGACUUUGACCGCUGGCUGGACGAGUCAGAUGCUGAGAUGGAGAUCCGGGAAAAGGAGGAAAAAAAGAACAGGUUGAAGUCUCAGCAGCAUGAAGAGAAAGGGUUUGUCAGCCUGACAACAGGAUUGUUGUUUGUCUAUAAUCUGGUUCAGUUUCUUGGUUUUUCCUGGAUCUUCGUCAACAUGACAGUGCGGCUCUUCAUCUUUGGCCAAGAUUCUCUGUACGACACAUUUCACACCAUAUCGGACGUGAUGUUCUUCUGCCAGAUCCUGGCAGCAGUAGAGGUCCUCAACGCUGCUUUUGGUGUAGUCCGGUCAGGAGUUAUUCCGACUCUUAUACAGGUGGUUGGAAGGAAUUUCAUUCUCUUCAUCAUUUUUGGUAGUGUGGAAGAAAUGCACAACCAGCCGGUUGUGUUCUUCGUUUUCUAUCUGUGGAGCACCAUUGAGAUUUUUAGGUAUCCGUUUUACAUGCUGGGCUGUGUCAAUACAGAGUGGAAAACCCUCACAUGGCUACGGUACACAGUCUGGAUCCCACUGUACCCAUUAGGGGUUGUAGCUGAAGCUGUUGCUGUGAUACAAUCCAUUCCUGUCUUUGAAGAGACUAAACUCUUCAGCAUUGCUCUGCCGAAAGCUGUCGGUGCGUCCAUCAGCUUCUCUUACGUCCUCUACGUCUACCUUGUCCUCAUGUUUUUGGGACUGUUUAUCAACUUCCGUCAUCUUCACAAGCAGAGGAAGAGGCGCUUCCGUACCAAAAAGAGGAAAGCUAAUUGAGAUUCAGCACUGACUACACAAAGCCUUUGCUGCCCGCUUACUGCAGCAUGUUUUAAAUGGUUCUCAUAAACCAUGUUCUAAUCAUUCCUACUUUGUUAUAAGUUGUUUUUCUCUCUGAACAUGAACAUCCUACAGAUGAUGCAAACUGGUGAUUAAAUUCUCUUAAGAUUUAA